CAUAUAUACAUUGGUUACUCACUGACCAAAACGAAGAGAGAGAGAGAGGGGGGGAGGGAAAAAAAAGACAGACGGAGGAGACCUGAUGCGGGAGAAAAACAAUAUUCGUGUGUGUUUGUGUCUGGGGGAAAAAGGGAAAUAAAAGAAAACUUGUCAGGCCGGGUUGGUGGGGGCUGGAAUCUGAGAGAGGAUAAAUAAUGAGGAUUUUCUCUCUCCCUCUCUGUGAAGUGAAGCCGAGGCGGUUUUGCUGAGGAGGAGCUUUCUCAUCAUUCAUCACCCACCGUAAUCGUGUUGUUGCUUUCCCAAAGCCCCUCGGAUCUGGGGACACAAGGAUGCUGCAUCUUCCUGCUCCUGCUGCGGUCUGAACUGUGAAAGGAAAGGGGAGGGGAGGAGGAGGAGAGACUGUGAGAGAGAGAGAGAGAGAGAGAGAGAGGAAAAAAAAGGAGGAUUUUAACCGAAAUAACCUUCAGCGGCUCUGGCGCUUCCUGCAGCUGGAGGGAGAGGGUAAAAUGGGCGAAUAAUGUGUGUGUCGGCUCUGCAGCUCUCCACCCGGAUUAUUACACUGCCGCUUCGACCUGGACCUUGUUCUGUGUUUUGUUCAAGGGAGAAGAGAUACAUAAAUAACUGAGUCCGAGACUCUUUCCCCUCCUCCUCCCUCCUCCCUCCUGCCUCGAUUGUAAUACUUCUGUAUAGACGGGGAGGAAAAGCAGGCACAUCUGAUCCAGAGAGCCAGCCAGCCAGCCAGCCAUCCGCCGGGUUAAGGCUGGUCCCUGAAGCCAAGAUGUCUGCAGAAGUGCGUUUGAAGAAACUGGAGAAAAUGAUCCUGGACGGACCUCGGAAAAACGGUGUGGCGGUGAGCAUGGAGACCUUGCUGGACAUUAUCAUCUGCCUGUACGACGAGUGCACCAACUCUCCCCUCAGAAGGGAGAAAAACAUCAACGAGUUUUUGGAGUGGGCCAAGCCUUUCACUGUUAAGGUGAAGCAGAUGCGACUCCACAAGGAAGAUUUUGAAAUCCUGAAAGUCAUUGGCCGAGGAGCAUUUGGCGAGGUUGCUGUUGUGAAGUUAAAAAACGUUGAAAAGGUUUUUGCCAUGAAGAUCCUCAACAAAUGGGAGAUGCUGAAGCGAGCAGAGACUGCCUGCUUUCGAGAGGAGCGGGAUGUGUUGGUGAAUGGAGACAGCCAGUGGAUUACCACGUUGCACUAUGCAUUCCAGGAUGAAAACUAUUUGUAUCUUGUGAUGGACUACUAUGUGGGAGGAGACCUCUUAACACUACUCAGCAAAUUUGAGGACCGAUUACCAGAGGACAUGGCAAAAUUCUACCUGGCAGAAAUGGUUUUGGCCAUUGAUUCUGUUCAUCAGUUACACUACGUGCACAGGGACAUCAAACCAGACAACAUUCUCCUGGAUGUAAAUGGGCACAUCCGACUAGCAGACUUUGGCUCCUGUCUCAAACUCAUGGAAGAUGGAACAGUCCAGUCUUCUGUUGCAGUGGGGACCCCUGACUACAUUUCCCCUGAAAUCCUGCAGGCCAUGGAAGACGGCAAAGGAAAGUACGGGCCGGAAUGCGACUGGUGGUCACUUGGUGUUUGCAUGUACGAAAUGCUUUUCGGGGAGACUCCAUUUUACGCGGAAUCUUUGGUAGAAACCUAUGGGAAAAUUAUGAACCACAAAGAGCGAUUUCAGUUCCCGGUACAAAUUACUGAUGUCUCUGAAAAUGCCAAAGACCUCAUCCGGAGGCUUAUCUGCAGCAGGGAGCACCGGCUGGGUCAAAAUGGGAUUGAAGACUUUAAGAAACACCCAUUCUUUGCUGGUAUUGACUGGGACAACAUCAGAAACUGUGAAGCACCUUACAUCCCCGAAGUCAGCAGUCCUACAGACACGUCGAACUUUGAUGUAGAUGACGACUGUUUAAAAAAUUCUGAGACGAUGCCUCCACCUACACAUACUGCUUUCUCUGGGCACCACCUUCCCUUCAUAGGGUUUACAUACACUACUAACUGUAUUCUGUCUGACAGAAGCAGUCUGAGAGAUGCUGCUGGUUCAUCCUCGACAGACGUUGAUAUCAACGUUCAGCGGACAUUAGAGGACAGCUUAGCCACGGAAGCUUAUGAAAGGAGGAUACGACGUUUAGAACAAGAAAAACUUGAACUGAGUCGGAAGCUUCAAGAGUCGACGCAGACUGUUCAGGCGCUUCAGUAUUCAACUAUAGAUGGUCCAGUAACUGCGAGCAGAGAACUAGAAAUUAAAAAUUUGAAAGAAGAAGUGGAAAAAUUGAAACAGCAAGUAAUAGAUUUUGGUCAGUUGGAGCAGCAGCUUGAAGAAGCGAGCCUCAUCAGAAGAGAUUUUGAAGAUGGCUGUAGGCAAAUUAAAGCACUUGAGAAACAAAUCAAAUCGGCAAAGCAGGAGAAAGACGACCUUCAAAAGGACGUGCUCGAGUCCAAUGAAAAGUUGAAAUUGCAAACCAAAGAGCUUAAAGAUGCCCAUAGCCAACGUAAACUGGCAAUGCAGGAGUUCUCAGAGAUGAACGAGAAAGUCACAGACCUGCGUUCCCAAAAACAGAAGCUUUCCCGACAGCUCCGGGACAAAGAGGAGGAGAUGGAAGUGGUAAUGCAGAAAGCUGAGAGUUUGCGCCAGGAUCUACGGAGAAUGGAGCGCACCAAAAAAGAUUUGGAUGUGCAGAUGGAACAAUCAACAGCAGAAGCAUCCAAGGAACGAAAACUGCGAGAGCGGAGUGAACAGUACUCAAAGCAACUGGAGGAUGAGCUCGAGGGGCUCAAGAAAAAGCAGAUUGGACGUUCCCCUGGUGUGAGCAGUACGGAGCAUCAGCAGGAAGUGACAAAGCUCAAAGCUGAUCUGGAGAAAAAGAGCGUGUUCUACGAGGAGGAGCUGGCCAAACGGGAAGCCCUGCAUAUGACUGAGAUCAAGAACUUGAAGAAGGAACUACGAGAUGCAGAGGGACAGCAUCUCGCCCUGAAGAAAGAAAUAAUGAUCCUUAAAGACAAGCUAGAAAAAACCAGAAGAGAAAGUCAAAACGAAAGGGAAGAGUUUGAGGGUGAAUUCAAGCAAAAGUAUGAACGGGAGAGGAUCAUGCUGAGCGAAGACAAUAAGAAGUUAUCAAAUGAACUUGAUAAGCUCACCAUCAUGUUUGAGAAGCUAAGUACAAGCAACAAACAGAUGGAGGAAGAGUUACGGGACCUAGCAGACAAGAAGGAAUCUGUGGCACACUGGGAGGCCCAAAUCACAGAGAUCAUUCAAUGGGUGAGUGAUGAGAAAGAUGCCCGAGGCUAUCUUCAGGCACUGGCAACCAAAAUGACCGAGGAGUUGGAGUCUUUGAGGAAUUCAAGCUUAGGAGCACGAGCAACAGAUAUGCCAUGGAAGAUGCGCCGGUCUCAGAAAGUGGACAUGUCAGCUCGAUUAGAACUACAGUCGGCACUCGAUGCAGAGAUCCGAGCCAAACAGUCAAUCCAGGAUGAGCUUAAUAAGGUCAAAGCAGCCAGCAUAUCUACUGAGUGCAAAUUGCAAGAUGGUGAGAAGAGAAACCUGGAGCUGCUGACUGAGAUCGAAAAACUCAAGAAGGACAUGGAGGAAAUGAAAGCAGAAAAGGGUGUAAAGCACCAAGAUUCACAGAAUUCUUUCUUGGCAUUUUUGAAUACACCUGCCUCUCCUCUGGAUCAAUUUGAAAUUGAUUCCAUUGAGAAUUUCAACCUUUCCAAUUCUCCAUCUGGUGAUGAGGUGAAAUCACAGAUAUAUUCUCGCUCUCGGUCGCCAUCAACAGCAAGUGACGUAGAACCUGUGGAGGGGAUUGACCACCCUCAACGUACAGCACCGACACCAACCAUCAGGUCCUCUUACAGCGGUUCCAGUGUCUCAAACCCAAAGCCCAAAGCUCAUCAGUUUGUCGUGAAGUCCUUUAACACACCAACAAAGUGCAAUCAGUGCACGUCUCUGAUGGUUGGCCUGGUACGUCAAGGCUGCACUUGUGAAGUGUGUGGGUUCUCGUGCCAUGUGACUUGCGCAGACAAAGCACCAGCCGUGUGCCCCAUCCCACCUGACCAAACAAAGGGACCAUUGGGGAUCGACCCGCAGAGAGGCAUCGGGACAGCCUAUGAGGGUCAUGUGCGGGUACCUAAACCUGCUGGAGUGAAGAAAGGCUGGCAGAGGGCAUUAGCCGUAGUUUGCGAUUUCAAACUCUUUUUGUACGAAAUAGCAGAAGGAAAGGCUUCUCAGCCAAGUGUGGUGGUUAGCCAAGUUAUUGACAUGAGGGAUGAAGAGUUUUCAGUUAGCUCUGUAUUAGCUUCUGAUGUUAUCCACGCCAAUAGGAAGGAUGUCCCCUGUAUCUUCAGGGUUACAGCCUCCCAGCUGUCAACAUCCAAUAAUAAGUGUUCAAUCCUGAUACUGGCUGACAGUGAGAAUGAGAAAAAUAAGUGGGUGGGACUGCUGAAUGAACUACACCGGAUCCUAAAGAAGAACAAACUCAAGGACCGAUCAGUCUUCGUUCCGAAGGAAGCUUAUGACAGUGCCCUGCCACUUAUUAAGACAACACAGUCAGCUGCCAUUAUAGAUCAUGAAAGGAUAGCACUGGGAAAUGAAGAAGGGUUGUUUGUAGUGCAUGUCACCAAAGAUGAAAUUAUCCGCGUGGGUGAUAACAAGAAGGUCCAUCAGAUUGAGCUCAUCUCAGGGGAACAGCUGAUCGCUGUCAUUUCCGGACGAAACCGGCACGUCCGCCUCUUCCCCACUUCUGCCCUCGACGGCCGGGAAGGCGAUUUUUUCAAACUGGUGGAGACGAAGGGCUGCCAAACACUGGUAUCGGGAUCAAUGCGCCAUGGUGCGGCCACGUGUCUGUGUGUGGCCAUGAAACGGCAGGUGCAGUGCUAUGAACUCAACCAGAUCAAAACUCGCCACAAAAAGUUCAAAGAGAUCCAAGUCCCGGGCAACGUGCAGUGGAUGGCCGUUUUCAGUGAGCGCUUGCUCGUCGGCUAUCAGUCCGGUUUCGCCAAGUACCCGCUGCAAGGAGACGGGGGUCCCAUCAGCCUACUCCACCCUGACGACCCCACGCUCUCCUUUAUCACUCAGCAGCCCAAUGAUGCAAUCUGUGCAGUGGAAAUCUCGGGCAAGGAGUAUUUAUUGUGUUUCAGUACUGUGGGCAUUUAUGUAGACUGCCAGGGGCGAAGGUCAAGGCAGCAAGAACUGAUGUGGCCGGCUAUUCCCACAACGUGCUGUUACAAUGCUCCAUAUCUGUCUGUGUAUAGUGAGAAUGCUGUAGAUGUAUUUGAUGUGAACACUAUGGAGUGGAUUCAGACGGUUGCACUAAAGAAGGUUCGGCCACUUAAUACAGAGGGAACACUUAACCUGCUGGGCCUCGAGACAAUCAGGUUAAUCUAUUUCAAAAAUAAAAUGGCAGAAGGGGAUGAGCUCGUUGUUCCUGAAACAUCAGGCAACAGUCGCAAACAGAUGGUCAGGACCAGAAGCAAACGGAGAUACUCCUUCCGGGUGCCUGAAGAGGAGAGGCUUCAGCAGAGGAGGGAAAUGCUUCGAGAUCCAGAAAUGAGAUCUAAGUUAAUCUCAAACCCAACUAAUUUCAAUCAUAUUGUACACAUGGGUCCAGGUGAUGGCAUACAGAUCCUGAAAGAUUUGCCGAUGAAUCUCCGCCCUCCAGAUGAGAAGAGUCGGACAAUGUUUAGUGCUUCCGUCAGCAUCCCCGCUAUUGCACGGUCUCGCACAGAGCCAGGGCGCUCCAUGAGUGCCAGCAGUGGGCUGUCAUCAAGAUCCACGGCACAGAAUGGAAGUGCCCUUCGAAGAGAAUUCUCAGGAGGAAACUACGUCAACAAACGCCAGCCGAUGACCUCCCCAUCGGAUGGCUCCCUAUCCUCCGGUGGGAUGGAUCCUGGAAGCGAUGUGCCAACAAGGGAGUUCGAACGUGAUGAUUCUGAUUCUCCAAGACACUCGACAGCCUCCAACAGCUCCAACCUGAGCAGCCCACCCAGCCCCAUCUCGCCCCACAAACCACAGUCACUCUUGCUAGAAAACACCGAGCGUGUCAGCUGGGAAACAUGAGACUUCUCCAUUCUGAAAGCAAUUCCAACAAAUCAGCCCUUUACUCCUGUCUUGCUGCACCCAGUCCUACUCUGCUCUCCAAUCUGUGCCAGACUCUUGCUGCAGAUCUAUCAAAAAGACACAGGAACAUUGUGGAUUUAGGGACAAGGCCUGAUCUUGUAAAUUUCACACACACAUAUAUCGACACAUCACGUGGGAGCUUUUCCCUGCUGACUGCUUUACGUUUUUCUCUCUCUUGUAAAAAGAGGAAAAGCAAUUUUUUUUUCCUCUCAGAGUGACGUUAGCUGCUCUUUAGGGUUGUUGUGGGUGUAGCUUACUCUGUUUUAUUUUUUUAAAAAAUGGGAUCUUGGUUAAGUUGUGUAACUGAUGUUUAAGGUGUUGUUUCUCAUUGCAGCUCUCUAGCCAGGUACAAUCUCAAAGAAUAAACAGGAUCGGGGUCAGGGGGGAGGGAGGGUUGGAAUGCAGCCUUGACUUUGUAUCAUUGCUUCAAUCUCUUCCAAGAAAUCAAGUGCCAGCAGGCAUUUCUUUCUCUGUACUAGUGUGAUCAGGCUUCUUUCAAUUAUUAUUUUAUUUUGCAAUAAUGAUAUGUGUACAUCUGCAAACAAAUCACCAAACCUUAUUUUGCUAAAAGAAAAACACACAAAAAAAUUCUUUUGUGAUAUAGAAUAUAUAUAAAGUAUAUAUAUAUAAAGUUGUGUAUAGUUUUACUUGUUGAAACAGCGACUGAAGGAAAGGUUACUUUGUGUGUGGUGUCACAGUCCCUGCUGGUAGUUUCUUAUAUAUAGUUCUUCAGUGUAGUACCCAAAACACAGCAAAAAUUUAAAGUUUUAAAAAAAAACACACAGAAGAGGUGGAAGCAGCAACUUUGAAGCUGAGACGAAAAAUACUUAUAGCCACUGUACUGCAGUAAAUAAAGUACAAUCUGUAGGUGGAAAAUGAUUUUAUGUUGCAUGUUGCAAAAUUAAAAACAAAGACUGCACUAGUUUAAGGCUCUGCUCAGUUCAGGGGAGAUCUGUUGAUCCUGUUUGAAUAAAGAAUGUCCCUUUCUGUAGUCAUUCGAAGGCAGUAUUUGAUUAAACACCCAAAUAUCAGAGCAACAUUAUAUAUAUAUUUUUUGUACACCAUACACAGCUGACUUAUGGUGGGAAGGGGGAAUUAACUGCCCUGCCACCUCCUUGUGUCUGCUUUGCCGCAUCCUUCCCAGAUAUUUAUGUAUUGUUACGCUCAACAGAAAACCCUGGAGUCAGACAGCCUGGGACACUGAAUGCUUUAAUGGUUAUUUUGCUUUGUCAGUAAAUAAUUCUUACAUUCUCUUUGUUUAUUCAAAGCCCGUGGGUUCUUGUUUUCCAUCAGCUUUUCCAUACUUUCUGUAACAGGGAAGAGAUAUAAAGUUUAUUGAGGAGGCUUGAGUAUGUUAAAGGACGUUUGACCCGCAGCCAGGAGUGCAGAAACAUUUUGACAAGCAGCAAGCAUUUCGACGCUGGUCAGUGGACUGGCAGAGGCAGGGGCAACCCUUUGAGUUCUUAUGUUUGGGGUGGGUGGAGGGAGGGGAAGAAAAAAAUCAUUAAAAGAAAUACUUCCCUGCUCGAGAUGACUGGGUAAAACAAGAAGCCCAGAGUACUCUCACUCCUACACUCAGUCAAACUCCUGGACAUCUGGAUACAGUAAAAGUGGUUUUCAUUUUAAAUGAAAUAUUUCAGAUGAGUUUGGCAUUGGAUUUGAAUAUGCUUCUUCCCGACGGCCGUCAGGGUCUUGAUGACAGAAAAGUGUGUGGGUGGGAAAGGUGGCCACAAUCUUUCCUACUCGAGUUAAGAUAUGAACAGAUAAGAGGAGAAACCUGGGAGCUGUCAAACUCUGACUGUGAAUUGUAAACAUCAUUGUGUGGAGAACUGUGAGCAGGAAGGAUAUGUUUACUAGUGUUGGUGUUCAAUGGGUCUGACCUACCUUUGACUAUGGCAAUUUCAUAUCAUUUAUUUUCAAGAGUUUUUAGGGUUUUCCCCCCUUUUGUAAGAUUAUUGUACAGUUUUGCAUGUCUUAGAUGUAAUCAGUUUUUUUUAAUUUUCUUUUGGUUUAGGUUAAAGGCUGACUUCAGUAAAUUAAUUGCUUGGCUUUAUCACUCCUUUUGCCCUUAAUGUUUUUAGGGGUUAAUUUGUAAGAGAAACUAUUGCUGAUUGUAGAUUCUUUUGCACAAAAAUAUUUAAGGUGGCCAGUCUGACUAUUAAAGACCAGCCACCAUGAUUUUAUGUUGGUGACACACACUAAAUAUUAACCAAGACUUUGAUGUAUUUCAAUAAAACAGGGAACUGUUACAAA